AUGGAGGACGUCGGGCGGGAUGGGGCAACUCGAGACACCGAUAAAGGUGCCGCCCAAGGGACGCUGGCGGGACCAAGAAUGGGGAGGGCACAAAAGGUCAGGAUGCUUGCUGGAACUGCGGCCGCCACCGCGGCGAGGGGUGCAGCUGUUGUGCGGACCUACCCAGACCAUGAAUAG